AUGGAGUUCAAGCAUUUCAGCCACCCCCACAACCUCUCCCUCCACCACGGGCCCGAGACCCGCUGCUCGGGCUGCAAAUCGGCCCGUCCAGGCCCUUUCUACGCCUGCUUUCAAUGCAACUACUUCCUCGACGAGCACUGCUUUCGGGCCGCCCGGGCCCUCAACCACCCGGCCCACCCGACCCACCCGUUGACCCUCGUCUCAUCCCCCACUUACCAGUCGGCCUCUUUCUUCUGCAACGACUGCAGCCUUCUCGGCACCGGGUUUUGCUACGCCUGCUCAGAUUGCGACUUUGACGUGCACGUACAUUGUGCUCACAAGGCAGCCGGCAUGCCUAACCCGUGUGGGCCCCACGUCACGAGUGUUGUUGUUGUCUCGGGCUCGUCUGGGCCUAAUGAUCAUCAUCAUCAUCGGCCGGUUCAAUAUAAUCCGGUUUAUCCUCCUCCGGUUAAUCGGGACUAUUUGUUUCCGAAUUAA